AUGCCUUCAUCAGGAUUACUUGGAAUCGGUGGAUCAAAACAAGCUAGGAAACUAAACAAUCAUAACAUUGAUGAUGAAGCCUCAGAGUUGCCUGGAGCCACUCCUCAACACAACUACAGCGCUAAUAGUGCUGGAUCUGCUACAUUGCAAACUGCAUCUGCAAUAGCAUUGAGAGACUCAAGGCUUGAUACUUUGAUUGAAAGUCAGAAUGGAUAUGCUUCCACUGAGCUUAGUGGGGCUUCUACACUUACUCAAGCCAUGAGCUCCAAAACUGGCAUACAUUCUCGACGUCGUGGUGGUGGACGCACUCGUGACAUUCACCGCCAUGCUGGUCUUUUAACAGCUGAUCACAGAGAAGAGGAUGUUAUGCAAUUGUUUUCUGAUAGCGAAAAUGGGCUGAGUGGAAGCGAAGAUGACGAUGAUAUCGACAAUUUAUCUACUCCUACAUCCACGCGGAAUGCUUCAAAAUUUCGAACUAACCCUGGAUCGCAUUAA